UAGGUUUUCGGAUCCCAACUCCGGAGCUGGCGUUGUUCUAGUUCCGCCGGCGUGAGGCGCCCAAGGGCCGGCCCCCGGGCCCAUGGCGGCGCCCGUCCGCCUGGGCCGGAAGCGCCCGCUGCCGGUUUGCCCCAACCCGCUCUUCGUACGCUGGCUGACCGAGUGGCGGGACGAGGCAACCAGCAGGGGGCGCCGCACACGCUUCGUGUUUCAGAAGGCGCUGCGCUCUCUCCAGCGGUACCCGCUGCCCCUGCGCAGCGGGAAGGAAGCUAAGAUUCUCCAGCACUUCGGAGACGGGCUCUGCCGGAUGUUGGACGAGCGGCUGCAGCAGCACCGAGCCUCGGGCGGUGACCAUACCCCGGUCUCACCAUCUGGAGAGAAAAGUUCAGCCCCGGAAGGGCCAGCUGCGGAAGCCCAAGACCCUUCCCUGCCGGUUUCAGCCCAGCCCAGAUCGAGAGGUUCUGGCGGCUACUGGCCAGCCCGGCAUUCAGGAGCUCGCGCUGUGCUGCUGCUGCUCUACCAGGAGCACCUGAAUCCUAGUGGCUGUAGCUUCCUAACCAAGGAGGAACUGCUGCAGAGAUGUGCCCAGAAGGCUCCCAGGGUGGUCCCUGCAAAUGUUCGAUCUUGGCCAGCCCUCCGAUCCCUCCUCAACCGGAACCUUGUCCUCAGAGCACACCAGCCUGCCAGGUAUUCGCUGACCCUGGAGGGUCUGGAACUGGCCCAGAAGCUGGCUGAGUCAGAGGGCCUGAGCUCACUGAAUGCGGGCACAGGGCCAGAGGAGCCCGCCAGGGAGGAGCCAGAAGUGCCAGGAGCAGCCUCGGCCAAGCUUGGUGCCAGCGAAGGGGGGGGCCAGCAGCCACCACUGGAGCUGGGGCCUGGAGAGUACAGGGUGCUGUUGUGUGUGGAUGUCAGCGAGACUACAGGGGCCGGGCACAGGCCGGAGCUGCUUCGUGAGCUACAGCGGCUGCACGUGAGCCACACGGUCCGAAAGCUGCACGUCGGGGACUUUGUGUGGGUGGCACAGGAGACCAGGCCCAGAGACCCAGCGAGGCCCAGCGAGCUCGUGCUGGACCACGUCGUGGAGCGUAAGCGGCUGGACGACCUGUGCAGCAGCAUCAUCGACGGCCGCUUCCACGAGCAGAAGUUCCGGCUGAAGCGCUGUGGCCUGGGGCGCCGGGUAUACCUGGUGGAGGAGCAUGGCUCCGUCCACAACCUCAGCCUUCCUGAGAGCACCCUGCUGCAGGCUGUCACCAACACUCAGGUCAUUGAUGGUUUCUUUGUGAAGCGCACAGCAGACAUUAAAGAGUCAGCUGCCUACCUGGCCCUCUUGACGCGGGGCCUGCAGAGACUCUACCAGGGCCACACCCUACGCAGCCGCCCCUGGGGAACCCCAUGGGACCCUGAACCAGGGGCCAGGCCCUCCCCAAAUCCUCUCUGCUCACUCCUCACCUUCAGUGACUUCAACGCGGGAGCCAUCAAGAACAAGGUCCAGUCUGUUCGGGAGGUGUUUGCACGUCAGCUGAUGCAGGUGCGUGGAGUGAGUGGGGAGAAGGCGGCAGCUCUGGUGGAUCGGUACGGCACCCCUGCCAGCCUCCUGGCCGCCUAUGACGCCUGUGCCACUCCUAAGGAGCAGGAGAUGCUGCUAAGUACCAUUAAGUGUGGGCGUCUGCAGAGGAAUCUGGGGCCCGCUCUGAGCAGGACUUUGUCCCAGCUCUAUUGUAGCUGUGGUCCUCUGACCUGAGCCAUGCCACAAGAUGGAGCCCUGCCCCUCCCCUCCCCUCACCCGGCUGCUAGCCAGACUUUUAACUAGAACCUUUUGGGGCUACAAUAAAAAUCUUAAGCGUUCAUAGCUUUAUGUGUUAUGGAUAGAAGCAUCAGGCCGCAGGAGCCUUAUAAAAUACCCAGGCAGGAAUUGGGGAGAUCAUCUGGUCCGGUUUUAGACUGAGUUCCUCAGGCCCCUGGAGCUCCAUGUGGAGCACCAAGGCCGCCAGGGAGGCGGACUCAGUGGGCACUGCAACUUUGAGUCGAGUUCAUGUCAUCAAAGGGUCUCUGAGUGAAUGAAAUUUCUUUUGAUAAGAAGUUCUGUAGCUUGAAAAAGAAAAGUUUGCAAACCGCUAACAGUCCAAUUGCCUCAUUUUAUGGAUGGGAAAACUGAAUCCCAGGGAACUAUUAGGGCUUAUCCAAAUUCAUACUUUGAGGCCGAGGUGGGACUGGAACCCAGGGCCUUCUGGCACUGCCCAGAGCAGGGGUUCCCUAGCAAGCCAGCCACGCCCCGGUCUCCAGGCCGAGGCCUCAUUACC